GUGAACGGCGCCGAGCCGGGCCCGCGGCGCGGGGAGGCCGGGCGCGCCGCCGCUAUGAACUCGGCCGAGCAGACCGUUACGUGGCUCAUCACCCUGGGGGUGCUGGAGUCGCCCAAGAAGAGCAUCUCGGACCCGGAGGGCUUCCUGCAGGCGUCCCUGAAGGACGGGGUGGUCCUCUGCAGGCUGCUGGAGCGCCUGCUGCCCGGGACCAUCGAGAAAGUGUUCCCGGAGCCCCGGAGCGAGGGCGAGUGCCUGAGCAACAUCCGCGAGUUCCUGCGAGGCUGCGGGGCGUCGCUGCGCCUGGAGACGUUCGAUGCAAACGAUUUGUAUCAGGGGCAGAAUUUCAACAAGGUCCUCAGCUCCUUAGUGACUCUAAAUAGAGUCACAGCAGACAUCGGCCUGGGAAGUGACUCUGUGUGUGCCCGGCCCUCCUCUCACCGGAUCAAGUCUUUUGACUCUCUGGGACCCCAGCCUUCACACGGUCGGACUUCGAAAUUGUUCCAGGGCCAGUAUCGGAGUUUGGACAUGAGCGAUCACAGCAACAGUCAGCUGGUCGUGAGAGCCAAGUUCAGCUUCCAGCAGACGAACGAAGACGAGCUGUCCUUCACGAAAGGCGACGUCAUCCACGUGACGCGGGUGGAGGAAGGCGGCUGGUGGGAGGGCACGCACAACGGCAGGACCGGCUGGUUCCCCAGCAACUACGUGCGUGAGGUCAAGCCCAGCGAAAAGCCCGUGUCACCCAAAUCCGGAGCGUUGAAGAGCCCUCCCAAAGGAUUCGAUACGGCUGCCAUUAACAAAGGCUAUUACAACGUGGUGCUACAGAAUAUUUUGGAGACAGAAAAUGAAUAUUCUAAAGAACUUCAGACUGUGCUUUCAACCUAUCUACGGCCACUGCAGACCAGUGAGAAGUUAAGUUCAGCAAACACUUCAUAUUUAAUGGGAAAUCUAGAAGAAAUAUGUUCUUUCCAGCAAAUGCUCGUACAGUCUUUAGAAGAAUGCACCAAGAUGCCUGAAGCUCAGCAGAGAGUCGGAGGCUGCUUUCUAAACCUGAUGCCGCAGAUGAAGACCUUGUACCUUGCAUAUUGUGCCAACCACCCGUCAGCUGUGAGCGUCCUCACGGAGCACAGUGAGGAGCUGGGCGAGUUCAUGGAGCUGAAGGGCGCCAGCAGCCCAGGCAUCCUCGCGCUGACCACCGGCCUCAGCAAGCCCUUCAUGCGCCUGGACAAGUACCCCGCGCUGCUCAAGGAGCUGGAGCGACACAUGGAGGACUAUCAUCCAGAUAGACAAGACAUUCAGAAAUCCAUGACUGCCUUCAAGACCCUGUCAGCCCAGUGUCAGGAGGUGCGGAAGAGGAAGGAGCUGGAGCUGCAGAUCCUGACGGAGGCCGUCCGCAGCUGGGAGGGCGAGGACAUCAAGACCCUGGGCAGCGUCGUCUACAUGUCGCAGGUCCUGGUCCAGUGCGCCGGGAGCGAGGAAAAGAAUGAAAGAUAUCUUCUACUCUUCCCAAAUAUUUUGCUAAUGUUGUCUGCCAGUCCUAGGAUGAGUGGCUUUAUAUAUCAGGGAAAGCUGCCGACGACAGGAAUGACAAUCACGAAGCUUGAGGACAGCGAGAAUCAUAGGAACGCGUUUGAGAUAUCAGGGAGCAUGAUCGAGCGCAUCUUGGUGUCCUGCAGCAACCCGCAGGACCUCCACGAGUGGGUGGACCAUCUGCAGAAGCAGACCAAGGUCACGUCUGCGGGAAACCCCACCAUGAAGCCUCACUCUGUGCCGUCUCACACCCUGCCCUCCCACUCCAUCACCCCGUCCAGCAAGCAUGCGGACAGCAAGCCCGUGCCGCUGACGCCCGCCUACCACACGCUGCCCCACCCCUCCCACCACGGCACUCCACACACCACCAUCAACUGGGGGCCGCUGGAGCCUCCGAAGACGCCCAAGCCCUGGAGUCUGAGCUGCCUGCGCCCUGCGCCGCCGCUCCGGCCCUCAGCUGCGCUCUGCUACAAGGAGGAUCUUAGUAAGAGUCCCAAGACCAUGAAAAAGCUGCUCCCCAAGCGCAAGCCCGAGCGGAAGCCUUCGGACGAGGAGUUUGCGCUGAGGAAAAGCACGGCCGCGCUGGAGGAGGACGCGCAGAUUCUGAAGGUCAUCGAGGCUUAUUGCACCAGCGCCAAGACGCGGCAGACGCUCAACUCAACAUGGCAGGGCACUGACCUGAUGCAUAAUCACGUCCUGGCUGACGGCGACCAGCCAAGCCUAGACGCCCUGGGUCGUCGCAGCAGCCUUUCCCGCUUGGAGCCCUCAGACCUCUCGGAAGACUCUGACUAUGACAGUAUAUGGACAGCCCAUAGUUACAGGAUGGGUUCUGCAUCUCGUUCCCGCAAAGAAUCUGCUCCACAAGUUUUGCUUCCAGAAGAAGAGAAAAUUAUAGUUGAAGAAACUAAAAGUAACGGUCAGACAGUGAUAGAAGAAAAGAGUCUCGUCGACACUGUGUACGCGCUAAAGGAUGAAGUCCAGGAGUUACGACAGGAUAACAAGAAGAUGAAGAAGUCUCUGGAGGAGGAGCAGAGAGCCCGCAAAGACCUGGAGAAGCUGGUGAGGAAGGUUCUGAAGAAUAUGAACGACCCUGCUUGGGACGAGACCAACCUUUAAGGAACGUCCUGGGUUCUUUCCCAAAGACCGGUUACGAGACCAAGCCGGAGCCUGUGACCCCAGCCGCGGGGCACUCAGGACCGCAGGGCAGGGCUGCACGGAAGUCCUCUGGCUUUCCGUGCUAGGAAGGCUGCAGCCGACCGCGGCCAUGCCGUCCCUGAAGAACCAGCGUGAGGUAUAGACGCCGAGUCUGCACUGCGCGGUCUUCCUCUCUACAUCGCAAUACCUCAUUUUCAGUACGUGCAGUGACUGCGUCUGGUCUUUCAGGCUUUGAUUGAAUAUAUAUAAAUGUUAUACAUACACUUCCUGUAAACGCUCCGUUGUGAAUGCGUGUCCGCGGUGGUUGUGUCUGGGCUGAGCCUGUGCUGCGGUCUCCUUCCACUAAGCUCUCUGGUCCCGCGCACCGGGGCUGCGGCUCCCGCGCUCGUGGAAAGCAGGUGUGGAGCAUACACAGGUGUUUCUGGGGAGAUGCCUGCUGUUCUCCGCCACCACAGCGCUCCGAAAACACCUCGUACAGCAGGCUGCCUACACAGCUCACCGUGUUCACACCUGCGGAGACCCCCCUCUUCCCGCUGGUAACGCGGUCCUGGGGUCCCUGCGGGCCGCGCUCUGGCUGCACGCGGGGGUCUGGGCCGCAGCCCGAACCUGAGGAAACGCGCCUGCCACCACCACGUCCAGCGACAGGUGUGCACAUCCGCGUCGUGUGAGCACCUGAGUGUUGGAGUGUGUCCACCCUGCGGGGGGGUCUCACAGGCCUGACGUGUAGGCUGGUCCAGUCACCUGGCCAGGGGCACUGUGUUGUCCUCCCCCCACCCCCCGGCCCCGCACGAGCCAGCUCACUAGAGCCUGUACAUAAAGUGAGUUAUUUAUUACAUGCCACUGCAGCCUGUGAGGCUGUCUGACCCUGAGGCCUGCUGUCCCGUCGGGGGCGGCAGGCAGUCCUCUGUGCUCGCGGAAGAGGCAGUGCUGUCACUGUUUCAGCAGGAAUAAAGCAAUAUACAUCUGAGAUUCCCCUAAGGAGUGGGCGUUGAAACGUGGGCCCCUUUCUCCACCCCCCUCCCGACCCCUGUGUCCAGACGGCAGAGGGGACCGAGGAGGAAGCCUGUCCUCUCUGGGCCAGGGCCCCGGGAGCCUCUGCAGCCCCGGGGUCGGGGGAAGCCCAGCCUGGGGUCCGGCCGGUUCUGUUUUGGAGGCAGGACGGCCGGUCACGGGGCCUGUGCUCUCCCCGCCGCUCUUCUGAAGAGGCUGUUUUUAAAGUGAGAGGACGUUUGACAGAGAGCAAGCGUCGUGUCUUUAAAAACCAGGACCCCGGCACCGUACAUCAGCGACGUCUCGGCCGCGCCCACGGGGCGCCUGUGUGGCUCGGCCACCCGUGCCCCUUUCCCUGUGUUGGGCCGUCCGGCGUCCCCGAACCGGGCGGCGCAGAGCAGUCCUCGGCCCACGGCCUCGCUCGCAGGCUCCCCUGCUCGGCGGUUGCCUGCUCAGCGGGGGUCUCUGGGGUCCGACCUUGACCUGCCCACGUGCGACCGUGUGACCAGAAUUGCCAGCUUCGUGUACUUAGCACUCUGUUCGUUAGUGCUGGGGCUAGAGGAGAGCGUCUUUGGGGCUUCUCGUAAGCCCUGUCUUUACAGUAGUGUCUCUUGGUGGUGCCUGGACGUUGCGGUGGAGACAGCCCAGCUCGCCUGUGCUGACGUUUGCUGCCUCGGCAGACCCUAACUCAGGAGCCACUUCCUGACCUGAUCUCUCCAGCACGUUGCGACGGCGGUGUUGCCGCCGGCCUCCCGGGACCAGGCUCGUGCAGAACCUGCCUUAACUGUUGACGUUAGCGCCCCUUCUCCUGAAGGGGGCCUGUUGACAUGCUCGUGUAACGAUUACCUUUCCUUCCCGUGUGUCCAAGACUCAGCUCGGCUUUGUAGGGAGCAGAGGAGAUGUGUCUGAGCAGUUCUUUCUGAAAACCCACUCUGGUGUAAACGGACCGUGCCCAUGUCUCCACGCGACCGUCUGAGGCGCUGGGGGUGGGUGCGGAGGUCAGCAGGGGGCCGCCCGCCUGCCCGAGCCACCUCUGCUCCCGCCUCUCGUGCACGAGGAGCUGAGCCGUUUCCUUGCCUGGGCCGGGAGCACGCGGAGUCGUGGGCGGCCGGGGGGAGCGCUCUGCGGCGGGGCUGCGUGCCCCCCGCCCCGGACUCCCCGUGCCCCCACGCCCUCGUUUCUCAGACAUGCAGAGUCCCCGUGCACAGCUGUCACAGCUGUGGGGACACGUCCCGACGUGCCACAGGCGGUGUCCUGGGCUUGACGACUCAUGCGUCAUUGUUGUAACU